AUUAACAGGUUUUUCCCAUAUAACAUAAUCGGGAAGCUUGAGAUGCUUUGAGGCACCUGAGGUGAGGAAUCGAUUUUGAAAGUCCAAUUCCUCCUUUUUGUGCGAUAAUUUUCAGAGCCUAUAGAAGUGAUUGUCACACGGGGAGGAAGUCCGCGUAGAAAAAAAUUAUGGUCCGCACUAAUGACCACCAUUUAACGUGUAGUAUCUCCGGAUUUCCCAUUCUUAAUGAAUCACCCUGCAUAAUUAUCCAAGGGACAUUGGUGUCACUUCACAGAUGUUUUAACAAAGUAGGUCUUUCUGAUGGUGAUUUUUGGGCAGUUUGAUCUGAUACUGGUUGGCAAAUUAAUCGAAACGUACCUACUGAAGCUUUAAUGGUGAACUUGCAUUUCUGUUGCAAAUUGCCAUGCAGCAGGGUGAAUAUUUAAAAAAAAACAAAUAGCCAAAAGGAACAAACUCGGCCAAGACCUGGAUGCAAAUGCACCGUACACUCAGCCGUGGUUCUACCUAGGUGUCUAAAUACUAUGAACUGGUCAAAGUACUACAUUGAGUAAACUCUCAAAAAAGUCGCUCAAUAACAACUAAAAUACAUACAUAAAAAUACAAAAACAUCCCUCCUUGACCUUCGAGGGUACGCAAACAAUGACCUAGGGUAGGAAACUGAGCCCGACCAAACAAACGCGAGGGAUAUCGAGUGGCGUCGCGACGCUUUUGGGGGCGCUUGCGCCCCCUCUCUAAUCAAUUGGGGUGGUUUUCACUUUACGCGUAGUGGCUGUGACAAGUGUUUCGAUCCAACACAAAGCCUUAGCAGGAAAAUUCUGUAGUUUUAGCGGCUGAUUUCAUGGCCUGUGUGAGUGACUGUCUGGACAUGUCGCCGCCUCCAGACACCAUUCUCUUUAUGCCACCGCCUCCGGCUCCUCAAUUCUUGUUUCCGAAUCUGGACAGCUACAAUGCGACCAACUGCUUUGCUACCCAGUCUUGUGAUGCUGCCACCGCUUUCCUCAAUCACAAAGGUAACUUUCGCAAUCUGGACAGGAUCGAGUACAUGGAGAUGCCCAGCAAAGAAGCUGAAGCCAAAUGGAACGUCUCGGGAAUUGGCGAUACGUGGCUUCUAGUGCUCGUUGCUUCUUCCAUUGGCGUUUUGCUGCUGGGCGCUUUAUUGGCCAUGUUUUUGAUCAAAUGUCGCGAGAUGCAUCUAUUCGGUCAUACAGAGCACUGUUCAUUGCACACCAGUUCACUAAAGCACUUGGAACCCAGAGAUUGCAACACUCUGCCAAAUGGGAACAGCAAACUGGGCCACCCAAUGAAUACCAGCUUCUACACGCCCACUCCUCGCUUGCAAGACAACCGGAUGGUGUGGGCGGCAAUCACACCGAGGGGAACCGAACAUUUCAUUUCCGAAAACAACUAUUCCCGAAACUUGGUCUGCUAUGAACCUCCUCCGGAGGACCACUAUGAGUCCAUCGACAAUCUGCCGCCUCAGCGGCGGCAUGAAAACAGCAACCAUGUAGCUUAUUAUGGGUAUCAUAAAGAGUUUGACUACGAUGACCCAACCCCACUGAUCGAACACUAUCAAAUGGGCGACAUCGAGUACGUGGGCGACCAUCAGUAUCAAAUCAUUGGCAACAGCGAUAUGAGAUGUUCCAGCUUGGCACUCAACCAACAGUCUUUAGCCAGACACAUUCCGAUCCUGAAGUCCAGAGUGUCUUCGCCCACGCGAAUCGAACACCCCAAUUUGCCGCCUCUCAAUUUGCUACCACAACGAAGCGCAAACAACACGCUCAAGAAAAAUUCAAUCAACUACCGCACCAUGGAUCCAGGCAAACUGUCCAAAUGUGGCCUUUAAGUGCCUGGAUUUGAUUAUUGUUUAUUUAUUUGUUGUUGGUCAAGAGUAUUGGUUUUAAAACCAUUGGCAUCAAGGACCAAUAUACGGGGUGUCUAGUGCCUGUCCAGGAUGAAUAUUCGCUCUUUUUGUGGAGAUAUACAGGGUGAUUCAUUAAAAAUAUAAAAUUUUUGGUUGAUGGAUCCUAGACACUCUGUAUAUUAUACUUAUACUUAUUGUGUUAAUUGUGUUGUUUCGGUCCAUUUUUAUACUGCUUUGAGUAGGCUGUUUUUAUAUAUAUUCAGAGUGUCCCGUAAGAACAUGAUCAAAAGGAUACUGCAAUAUUCUUUGCAUCAAAA